AUGGAAAGGGUUGUUGAUGGUCUCGGUGGAACUGUUAAGAGGCUAGCUUGGUCAGCAGUAUUGACACGUGAUAACUAUAAAUCACCGAAUUUUGUUAAGUUAGCGCAACAGAAAACGAAGGUAAUUAUAAUUGAAAUUGAGAAAAAGAAUGAUAUUGAUACUUCAAAAAUAACACUAGAAAAUAUAUUUAAAGUAGCUAAAUCUGUACCAGAAACACUCAAAACAAGUAAUUGA